UCGAAGUAGAGAAGUGAAAAAGGAUUACGUGACGACUGUCGUUGUCGUUAAUUUGUCAUUGUCACAACUCACGCAGAUUAUAAAAUCUUCGCCGACAAAAAAAAGGAGAAGAGGUUCUACACUCUACACGAUUACACGUCUAUUAGGGUUUCAAUAUUUGUAUGAAAAUUUAACAAACGAAUAUUAGAUGAUUCGACGGCGCUUUUAGUUUCGAUGUACGUUGGCACUUGGCAACCAAAAUUAAACUAAUUAACCAAUGCUUAAAAAGAAAGCAGUGGCAUGCACAGUAGAAUUUGUAGUCUACAUUGCACUAAAAAUUUACUCUCUUUUUUUGUUUCUGGAUUCUCUUGAUCAAACAUAUUUAUGUAGAAAAGUUGUUUUCUGAAACUUAAAAGUGGAUACAGAAUAAAUAAAGAAGGCCAGAACUGAAAGUGAUUGUGUCGUCAUCUAAGAUGAUUUUUCUUCCCCAAUUUUAAUGAUUUUUUAGAAUUUGAAUAAAUUUGAUCUCUCAGAGCCACUUGUAACUAUGGAAGACAAAAAAACUAUGAAAGUAAGUUUAAUCAGAAAUAAUUGUAAAUAUUUUGUAAGAAAAAUUAAGGGACAUGAAAUGGCGAUAGCAAAGCCUAAUUAUUAUUAAUUUUCGUAGCUCCUACUUAAUUUUCAUACAUGAUACAUCAAUGAUCAAUGCAUCUGUUGUUUACUGUGUACAGUAUAUAGUUUUCUAUAAUUAGGAGAUUUAGACAAAAGUUUAAAAGAUUAACCAUCAGCGGAUUUAACCACCAAUCAUAUUUCGUAAUGACUAACGAAAAUAUGCAUCCAAUAAAGGUUUGUGAAAGUGCUAAAUAUUUAAUCAAGUACUUCUACAACGAAUCAACGAUGUUGAUGGAAGAUUUUGAUAAUUUUAAAUAAGAAUUUAUUAAUUGGACAUGGAGAAAGGGACCUAUUAGAAAGUUGAUUACAUUUUAGAUUAAGAGGAUGAAGUCAUAGAGAAAGAGAGAGGGGUCCCAGUGAGAAAUGACCUUAAUUGUAUACCAUCUUAAUUGGCCCGUUUAGCAUUAAUCCUAUCAUCAAGGAAACAUUAGCACAUGCAUGCACUUAUACUAAGGACCCUUUUAUUAUUUUAUGUUUGAAUAAUUUUUGUAAAGUUUAUCCCCAUUUCAUUAAUUAAAAAGUAAUGCAUCAUAAUAAUUAUACUUAUGUCUCAUUAAGUAUUUAUUCAAGACUUCGAUUUCAGGUCACGUUGUUAAUUACUCUUGAUUUAGCUUGGCAUUCCAUCAGUUUUUCCGAUUAGUAUCUUUGAGGAUUUAAUGAAUUUAUACUCUAGUUGAGUUCUGAGAUGAGUUAUAAACUUAUAAAAUACAAUAGAUCGAGUUGAUUUCUCAUAUUGUUUUUAAGUGUAUCAUGGGAUAAUAUUUAUUUUGAUGAUACAUAUAUACUACACUUUUCUAAAGUAUUCAUUUAUUUAAAUUUGCAAUUUGUAGUGAAAAGUAUUCGUGUAAAUUAUACGGCGGCGAACAAAGAUUCUAACCCGUGUGCUUUGUGACUUGUGUGAUGUUAUAUUAUACGUUUACUAACUGCUUGCCUCAUCUGCUUUUCCCAAAUUUAUCAUUUGAUUUGUGUUUUGUGAUUUGUGGUGGAGAAAAAAAGAUAAAACUUAGAAAAGAAGGCAAACAACAUUUCAAGUUUGAUUAAACAAGAGAAUUAAAGGAGAGCUUGUAUGGUUGAUUUUCCCUCUAAUAUGGCCCAAUCUAAUUGGUAAGACACGAGAGAAGACAUAAUCAUAGAUAAUCUUGAUAUAUUAGUGUGGCCAAAAGCAAAAUGAUGUUUAACUUUUCUUUUGCUUUGCGACAUUAACACCAUUCCCUUCUCUUUCAAGUUUCAAUUAAGGGUAUAAAACCUCUUUUACUUCAUUUGUCUCCACCUCUAUGCUCCACGUGUCUGUUUCCUAUUGCUUGUUGUAACUCAUUGGUUACCGCAAUUAGUUAGAGCUGUCUUAAUCCACCUUCACUACAAGAUAUCAGGCGAAACUAGUGAAAGUUCAAACUCUUUUUUUUGUACCUCUUUUUGCAAAAGACCACCUUUCUCAGUAUCUAAGUUCCUGUUAGUUAUUAUUGUGUAUAGUUAACAGUAAAAAGCCUCACCACAUUAAACGAUGGCAAGAAUAUUCAUUGAUAAUUUAUCACACUAAGAAGUCUAUUUGGUGAAAGUAGAGUAGAUUAAUCACACUAAACUCAAAGAUUGCGUCAAGAUUUAAGCAAGAUCAAGACAGGUCAUAGGUGAGAAAGUUGCUUUAUAUCCAUUUUAAACAUUAAGCUGCCUAUGCUUGCUGGCUGUGUAUUAUUUUUGGUGUUUAUUGUAAAUUUUAUUUUCUCUUGUAAAUUAGAAUUAUAAGCCCAAUAUAAACAAUUAUACGGCCCAACAAGUCGAGCCCAUUAUGACGUCCUUAAUAAAUCGAUUAAACCUUUCUUCGUCGUCAAGUCAAGACGCAAGAAACCUUUCUUCUUCGCUGACAGACACUAUGAACCUCCCGUCGUCAACUCCGGAGACGGCUGAUUCAGCGGCGACUCCCGCCGAGAUAUGCGAACAAUGCGGCAGCCAAGAUUCUUGGGUCAUACACUCAGCACGUCACCGCGGCGUCCUCCGCUUCUUCUGCACGCACUGCCUCCUCCGCAACCAUCCGACGUCGUUUUGCCCCACCUGCUUCGCCUUCUACGACUCUUCCCCUCCGCAUCAUUCUUGCCGCGUCUCUUGCUCCAAAUGCGGCUCCCACACUCACCUCCACUGCGCCGGCGGCGACGAGGAAAGCUCCUCUCCUCCUUACCUCUGUCCUCCUUGCCUGAACCCUAGUUCGUUCUCAUUCUUCCGUCCGAUCAUAAACGCCGACGGCGCUCGCUGCAUGGAUAAACCCCUCUCGGAGGCGUUCUUGUGCGCCGCCAAGAUCUCGGCUUUUUCGAUGAGCAGGGCGGUGGUUGUAGCUAAUUCGGAAGCUGAGUGGAAGGGGAGAGAGUGUGCGGUGGCGAAGAAGAGAUUGCGUGAGGCUGUUGAGGAUGUACUCGAGCUGAAUGAGAAGGUAAGGUUGGCUAUUGCGAAGGUUAAAGAAGAGUCCGGUGAUCAAGAUCAGAAACCGAAAGUGAUAGAGAGCUCGGGCCAAGUUAUUCAAGAAAAGUGAGUAGAUAUGAUAAAGUUGAAGCCUUUUCGUCUAAAGGCUGAGCAGAUUCUGAUUUAGAGUUCAAUGUAGAGUAUUAUGCAAGCGAUCUCCUUUAUUCUUUUUUUUGUUUUCAGUUUCUUGUUUGUUCGUUUACUAUGUGUAGGAAGGAAUCUUUUGAACUGUCAAGUGUUGAAUACUAACUAAGUUCUUUUAGUCCUA